AGACUGCCGCCGAUCAAGAUGCAGCUUCCUGAUGAAGAAGGAGCCUUCGUCAUGGAGCCGAGACGAACCCUCCUGCCGCCCAUCGGCAAGCCUCCGCCGCCUGUCCAGAUGAAGGUGAGAGAUCCAGCUGUCAAGUUCAGCCCCAGACGCAACUCCGUCGAGCCCCUCCAAGGCAGUGCAGAUACUGCCGGGAUAGCGAUGACCAUGCCUUCUAUCGGGGAGCCAUACCCUGCCCCCGCAGGCACCUCGAAGGGCUCCAAGUCCGCUUCCCCGACGGAGAGGUCUCCUCGGUCCAGUCGGAACGGGAGCUGGGUGUCCAUGCACGACGACCUUGCUGACAGGAUGUCGCCCAUACAGAGGUCACUGGGCAGCGCCUCUUCCAGCAACCCCAUGCUGACUGCAGACGACAGCCCGAGCACCUCCUCUGCUGACGUGCAGGACAACAGCCGGAAGACCUCGCCAGCGUCGGCGGGAAGUCGCCGCUCCAGCAAGGCCAUGCUGAUUGCUGAACCCGCUGAGAACGUGCGGCGCAAGUCUGCGGAAGAUCUGCAGAGCAGGAAGAGCUCGGCGGCUUCACGCAGGUCCUCUGUUGACGCAGUGAGCGCGAGCAGGAAGAGCUCGGCUUCGCGAAAAUCCGUCGGCAGUCUGCAGUUUACCAACCCUGCCUUCGAACCUGACGAGCCGCCAGGACAACUGCCAGGCUCCCCGACUGACGACAACGUAACAUCCGCAAAGAGCAGCUCCCCUCCCCCAGCCCAGGACAUGAGGAUGGAGAGUACCAUGAGUGAGGUGUCCCUGCAUACCCCACGGGGAGCCUCUCCAGUGGACCCGGACAAUGGUGGCAGGCAAUCUGCUAUGAGUGACAGAGCCAUGUCACCAGAUGACAUGGAGAAGGGAACUGCCGGCGUUGAUACGUACGAAGACGAAGUGUUCGAGGAAGACGACGAAUCAGAUACCGAGUUAUAAAGGGUUUUGGGAAAAGAGAUUAGGGAAUUGACACCAACCACAUUCCAAGCCCGUUUGCCGUUCCAGAGUCCAAAAUCGCCAACCUUCCCCGCUCGCCAGGACACAGUGGAGCAAACACUCCGCUAACCAACUGGUAAAACUGUGUUCCGGAAGAAAACACCAAAAACAAGAAAUUCGAGAUUUGAAACUUCCAGAAAGUAGCUAUAGUUUGCGUCGUAGAAUGUAUCAUUACUCACAUGAUUUUAUGAUAAAAUUCACUCCGCUAAUACGCCAUGGUUUACGUUUCACACAUUUUUGACGACCACAUCUUUGAACACAAGACAUACCUGGUCAAACCCUGACAAUCAAGUGAAACCAAUCUCCUCCCACCCACGUCAGAACCAAACGUCAAAACCUAACUUAAACUAGUACCAUAUAACACAGUGCCUGUGUCCAAGGACAUUAUAUAUUUAGAUACUCGCUGGGAGGCCCAUUAUCGAACUUGACCUUCCUUUUUGCGACCCCUACCUGUCCAAUGUCCUUGGUCUGUCCUAGAAAUAAUCCCAAAUUUUAAAGCAAAGAUGUACACGUUCUGGAAGUGCGUUGUGUGUUUUUGGGGACAAUAUGUUGACACUAGGAUUGCUGAGUGCUUGUACGAAAUGUUUUGCGCCCUUUUGAAUUAUAGAUUGAGUGUUCUCUAAAACAUUAUUCAUACGUAUACAUACAGCAACUAUCUUGCAGUAAACUCUGGAGUGGUUAUUGAUAACUUGCAUUAUUUGAUCUGGUUUUGGAAACUCUUGAACUAGUCCACAGUUUGAAACUGAAGAUUCUCCAUCUAGAAUACUUAAACUUUGAUGUUUUUCAUGUAUCAAAUAUCACACAAAGUAUGCAGUGAAUUUGUAACUAAACAAUAUAACCGUUACGUUAUUUGCAUGCCAACUUAGCCAGACAGAAAGUGAACAGCCACUUAGCCACUUGCCGUUGUAUCCAGAUUAUAUUCUGUAUCAGGGAUUGAUCUAUAUAACACCAUUGUGCUGCUAUAUCUAUCCAAUGGUUCUUUCUCUUCCAAAAUCACCUCAUACUCUUAACAUGUAACACAUUAUUGUUUACAUACGCAAGAUGACUUGCGUCCGAUAUGGUCAAAAGUACAUUACAAACACUACCAUUCAAUUGCCAAUAAUGUUCUUUACUCUUAAUGAUAUAAGACAUCAAUUUAAUCUCCAAUUCACCCGCUUCAUUUUUUUCUGAUUUGCAAAAUUAAUCUCGGAUUCGCCUGCUUCAUUUGUUUAUUAGAACAAAAAAGAAAAUAGAACAUUCAUGUUCUGAAUUAAUUAUAAACUCCAAAAAUGCCCAUAUUUUGACCCCAACAGAUGAAGAAAGUCCUUGCCUUCCUUUUUUCACCCUGUCGCUUCAUAUAUUUUCUAGAAAAAUCCGAGAAACAAUAAAUUAAAUUGGCGUGGCCAAACAAUUUUUAAAAUUUCUGUUUCUUAUAGGGUUUUCAACAUAUAACU